GGAAAGAAGAAGGAAAAAAGCGGGAAAAACAGAGGGCCCAGGACCCCGAUUGUGGCAGGAUUGGGGGGCUCAGAAGAUUCUUGGCUGAAAUUUGGGAUGCGGCUGCUCCUGGACAAACCCAGAGCGUUCCCAGGAGCCUGAUCGGAGCCAGACCAGCCUGGGGAGGGUCCCAUGGAGCAGGAGGGGACUCUCCCAGCCAGUCCCAGCAGCGAAGAGACCCCCCAGCCCCCCGAGGAGCUCGUCGAGGGGGAAAGAAUUCCAGAUGUUGCCCAGGAGAGCCCAGCACCGGCCAGGGAAGAUGCCAGGGGGAAAUCCGGGGAGCAGGAAGGGGUACCCAGCCCUGAGGGACCCCCGGGAGGCUCCUUGCAGGAGCAGCCCCUUCAGGAGGAGGGGUCCUCACUGGGUGCCCCCCAAAGCGUGCCAGGAGCCGGGGCUGAGCCCCCCCGGGCGCAGCCCCCCGGGAGGGAAGCGGAUUUUUACUGCGUGAAGUGGAUCAGCUGGAAAGGGGAGCGGACGCCGGUGGUCACCCAGAGCGAGAACGGGCCCUGCCCGCUCCUGGCCAUCAUCAACAUCCUCCUCCUGCAGUGGAAGGUGAAGCUGCCCCCGCAGAAGGAGGUGAUCACGGCCGAGGAGCUGAUGGCACAUUUGGGGAAUUGCAUCCUGGCCACCCAACCCCGGGACACUUCGGAGGGGCUGCAGUUGAACUUCCAGCAGAACAUCAACGACACCAUGACGGUCCUGCCGAAGCUCUCGACGGGGCUGGACGUCAACGUGAGGUUCACGGGGGUCUCCGAUUUCGAGUACACCCCCGAGUGCAUCGUUUUCGACCUCCUCAACAUCCCGCUCUACCACGGCUGGCUGGUGGACCCCCAGAGCCCAGAGCAGGUCCAGGCCGUGGGCAAGCUCAGCUACAACCAGCUGGUGGAGAAGAUCAUCACCUGCAAACAGGCCAGCGACUCCAGCCUGGUGAGCGAAGGGCUGGUGGCCGAGCAGUUCCUGGAGUCCACGGCGUCGCAGCUGACGUUCCACGGGCUGUGCGAGCUCACGGCCCGCGCCCGCGAGGGCGAGCUCGGCGUCUUCUUCCGCAACAACCACUUCAGCACCAUGAUCAAGCACAAGGGCCACCUUUACCUGCUGGUGACGGACCAGGGCUUCCUGCAGGAGGAGGGGGUGGUGUGGGAGAGCCUGCACAGCGUGGAUGGGGACAGCUGCUUCUGUGACACCGAGUUCCACCUCAGCCACACCCUGGGCAAGGAGGGGGCCACCGCGGCCAGCCCGGACCACCGGCUGCAGCAGAGACAAGUGGACCAGGAUUACAUGGUGGCCCUGUCCCUGCAGCAGGGGCAGGACCCCCCCUCUGUGCUCAGCGACCUGGAGCUGGCACGGCAGCUGCAGCACGAGGAGUAUCAGCAGCACCAUCCUCAUCCUCAUCCUCCUCCUCAGCCGCUCCCAGCGCAGGCGGGCGGGCGUCCGGCCGGAGAGCGGCGGCAGCGGCAGAAGCCAGAUUUGGACUGUGCCCUCCUGUAGCACCUCGUGCCCGUGGGGUCCCCACGGCCGGAGCCCCCCCUGAGUUCCCACUCUGGGCUCUCCAGGGAGAUCCCGUGGGGUCCCUGUGGGCUGGAGUGGACACACGGAUGAGGAGUGACCGGCUGCGGCCAUCCCAGGACCACCCCAAACUUCUCAGUGGCCUUAAGGGGGGGGGGUCCCACUCAGGGGGGGCCCCCUCAGGGGGGUCCCACACCUCAGUCCAUGCUCCGAGACCUGGGUGGACGCGUGGCUGGGGGGACACGUGCACCCCCCUGUUGGAAACGUGGCCUUAGCCCUUGGCAAGUAAAGGACUCGUCCCCCUGCA